CAGCAACGCAGAUGCAGCUCAAGAACACCGUUGGUAUCGUCACGGGCGCCGCUCAAGGCCUUGGCCUCGCCUUCUCCAAGUCGAUCCUCGAGGGUGGCGGCCGCGUCUUCCUCACCGACAUCAACCACACGGUGCUCGUCGAUGCGGCGCGGGCGCUCCAGGCCCGCCACUCGGUCGCACGCGUGGGCUACGCCGUGCAGGACGUCACGGACGACGCGUCGUUUGAUGCGAUAUUUGACGCCGCCAACAAGCAUUUUGACGCGGACCUUGUCAACCUCCUCGUCAACAACGCCGGCGUGAGCUGCAAGUACCACGAGUUCUACAGCGAAAGCACUGCCUGGCGCAAGACGAUCGAGGUCAACCUCAUCUCCGUCAUGCGCGGGACGCAGGUCGCGCUGCACCGCCUCGCCAAGCCCGGCGUCAUCGUCAACGUCGCCAGCGCCGCCGCGUUCCAGCCGACGCCGCCGAUCCCCGAGUACGGCGUCACGAAGGGUGCCGUCGUCAACUUUACGCAGGCGAUCGCGCACCAAGCCAAGGACAUUCGCGUCACGGCGUUCUGCCCCGCGUUUGUCGACACGCCGAUGGGCCAAGUCGCGCUCAAGGGCUCGCCGCAGGUCGUCGAGGCCUUUGGCGGUCUCCUCACGCCCGAAUAUACGGCCGAGAUCUUCAAGACGUCGUUGCUUGACGAGACGAACGCUGGCAAAGCGCUCCUCGUGACCCCGCGCCAUGUGGGCUACCACGGCGACAAGCCUUAG